CGGCGGCGCGCGCGGGCCUCGCCGCCGGGGGCAGCUGUGGCCGUGGCCGCCCGCACGCCCGAGUGGAGAACAAAAGUGACCCCAGAAAACUUCUCCAACUCCCCGCACAGGAGCGCAGCGCAGCCGAGAGCGUCCGGUCCACAGCACGCCCGCGCUCGGCCGAGUACCGCUUCAUGGAAUCACUUCCCAUGCCUGCUAAGUGCGCCGAGGGGUUCCCAUGGUCAUGUAAGGUGCACUAACCUCUGGGUCCCCCAGAGAGAAAGCCAGCCUGCAGGUGAGAAUGGGCAACUCAGAGAGUCAGUACACUCUCCCGGGAUCUAAAAACCACAGCAGCGCGCUGAAUGGGGCCAGGCAAAAGCCUUGCUCCCUCAAGAUCCGCAGCGUUCAUGCGAAAGAUGAGAAGUCCUCGCACGGCUGGGUCCAUGGUGGCGGAGGGGCCGGCUAUAAGUCCCGGUCACUGGCCCGUGGCUGCUUGUCCCAGCUGAAGGGCAAUCCGCCUUAUGCAGCAGCCAGACCUGGAGGGCCCCCUUGCAAAGGUCCUAGAGGCUUGGCCCACUCCAAGCACAGGGCCAGCGGCCCCGGCCACGAGCUCCAGGGCCACACUGCUGCCCUCUAUACCGAGAACGGCUUCCAGUGCGUCAGCCACAAGCCGCUGCCAGAUAACCACACAACCUCCAGAGACUGCAACGGGCACCUCCUCAACUGCUAUGGCCGGAAUGAGAGCGUGGCGUCCACGCCACAAGGGCAGGACCGCAGGAGCCCCAGGGUGCUCAUCAAGACGCUGGGCAAGCUGGACGGUUGUCUCCGGGUGGAGUUCCAUAGUGGCGCCACCCAGCACGGGGCUACCUCACCUGAGGCUGAGCCCGACCCCAACCUGCCUGUGCAGCUGCUGAGGUACUCGCCCACCCUGGAUGCGGACGCUGGGAGGGGCUCCAGCGGCGACUCCCUGGCCAGCCAGCGCCCUUCUCCCACUGACUCCCACCUGCGCUCCAGCAAAGGCAGCUCGCUCAGUUCCGAGUCGUCUUGGUACGACUCUCCCUGGGGCCCUGUGGCUGAACUGAGCGAGGUGGAGGGCUCACCCGAGCCCAGCCUCCCUACCUGCUUCCCGCCCGAAGACUCUAAAAAGGCUUUCAGUCAAAGCUGCUCGCUCUCCUCACUCCGGGACAUGUGCCCCUCGGCCAUCGGCCUUUCCCACGAGGAGGAGGGCGUGGACGCCAGCCUCAGCCACCGCGUGUCCUUUGCCUCAGACAUGGACGUGUCCUCCAGAGUGGAGCGCGGAAUGCCUGGCCAGUACAGCUCCUUCACCCUGCCCUGCCGCAGGUCCAAGGCCUUCACAGAGGAUCCCACCAAGAAGGACACGCUCAAGGCCAGGAUGCGUCGCAUCAGUGACUGGACAGGGAGCCUGUCGAGGAAGAAGAGGAAACUGCAGGAGCCGAGGUCCAAGGAGGGCAGUGACUGCUUUGACAGCCGCUCUGAUGGGCUCAAUACUGACCUGCAGCCCCCGUUCCAGGCGUCCGCCCCGCUGUGGUCAGGAGGCUCGGCUCAGGUCCCGUGUCAGAGGAGCGAGUCCACUCACGCGGUCGGCAGCGAUCCCCUCCGACGGAACAUUUACGAGAACUUCAUGCGAGAACUGGAAAUGAGCCGGGCCACCACUGAGAAUGUGGAGACAUCGACGGAGACGGCCGAGUCCAGCAGCGAGUCGCUGAGCUCGCUGGAGCAGCUGGAUGUGCUCUUUGAGAAGGAGCAAGGCGUGAUCCGGAAAGCCGGGUGGCUUUUCUUCAAGCCCCUGGUCACUUUGCAGAAGGAGAGGAAGCUGGAGCUGGUGGCCCGCAGGAAGUGGAAACAGUACUGGGUUACUCUUAAAGGCUGCACGCUGCUGUUCUAUGAGACCUACGGGAAGAACUCGGCGGAUCAGGCCAGCGGCCCCCGGUGCGCCCUGCUUGCGGAAGACAGCAUAGUGCAGUCUGUGCCAGAGCACCCCAAGAAGGAGCACGUGUUCUGCCUCAGCAACUCCUUCGGCGACGUCUACCUUUUCCAGGCCACCAGCCAGACAGACCUAGAGAACUGGGUGACCGCCAUCCAUUCUGCGUGCGCGUCCCUUUUUGCCAAGAAGCACGGGAAAGAGGACACGGUGCGGCUGCUGAAGAGCCAGACCAAGAGCCUGCUCCAGAAGAUCGACAUGGACAGCAAGAUGCGCAAGAUGGCGGAGCUGCAGCUGUCCGUGGUGAGCGACCCCAAGAACAGGAAGGCUAUCGAGAACCAGAUCCAGCAGUGGGAGCAGAACCUGGAAAAGUUUCACAUGGACCUCUUCAGGAUGCGCUGCUACCUGGCCAGCUUACAAGGAGGGGAGCUACCGAACCCCAAGAGUCUCCUGGCAGCCGCCAGCCGCCCUUCCAAGCUGGCUCUUGGCAGGCUGGGUGUCCUGUCCGUGUCCUCUUUCCACGCUCUGGUGUGCUCCAGGGAUGACUCUGCUCUGCGGAAAAGAACACUGUCCCUGACACAGCGGGGGAGGAGCAAGAAGGGCAUGUUUUCCUCCCUGAAAGGCCUGGACGCCCUGGCAAGAAAAGGGAGGGAGAAGAGGGCCUCCGUAGCUCAGAUAUUUGAUUCGAGCGGCAGCCAUGGAUUUUCCGGAGCUCCCCUACCUCAGAGCUCCAGUCAGUCCAGUGAGCUGAGGCACUUGGAGCCCAGCCACUAUGGCCUUCAGCUUCGAAAAUCAGUAGAUGAAAACAUUGAGUGCUGUAUUCCUGCACCAGAUGAAUAUAUGCAAAAACAGGUUUAUGAUGAAAUAGAAGUCUUUCCUCUGAACGUUUAUGAUGUGCGGCUCACAAAGACUGGGAGUGUGUCUGACUUCGGGUUUGCAGUUACGGCGCAGGUGGACGAGCGGCAGCACAUCAGCCGGAUAUUUGUGAGCGACGUCCUCCCCAACGGCUUGGCUUACGGGGAAGGGCUGAGAAAGGGCAAUGAAAUCGUGGCCCUGAAUGGGGAAGCCGUGUGUGACCUGCACCUGAAACAGAUGGAGGCCCUGUUCGCCGAGAAGAGCGUUGGGCUCACACUCGUUGCCCGGCCUCCCAACGUGAGAGCCACGCUGGGCACCUCCUGGUCGGACAGUGACCUGUUCUCCAGGGACCAGGAAGGGCUCUCGCCCCCUCCCAACCAGUCCCAGCUUUUGGAGGAAUUCCUGGACAACAUGAAAAAGAAUACAACCAAUGAUUUCAGCAAUGUCCCCGACAUUCCAACCAGUCUGAAAAGGAGCCAAACAGAUGGCACUCUGGACCAGGUGCCCCACCGGGAGAAAAUGGAGCAGACAUUCAGGAGCGCUGAGCAGAUUGCUACACUGUGCAGGAACUUCACCCACGCCCAGGCCAACGGCAUGGACGGUGCCAGGGAGGGUCAGGACGCGCCCCCACGGCCACUGGCCCGCCACCUGUCAGACGCAGACCGCCUCCGCAAAGUCAUCCAGGAGCUUGUGGACACGGAGAAGUCCUAUGUGAAGGAUCUGAGCUGCCUCUUUGAGUUGUACUUGGAGCCACUUCAAAGUGAGACAUUCCUUACCCAAGACGAGAUGGAGUCACUUUUCGGAAGUUUGCCGGAAAUGCUGGAGUUUCAAAAGGUCUUUCUGGAGACCCUGGAGGAUGGGAUUUCGGCCUCCUGUGACUUUAACGUCCUGGAAACCCCCUCACAGUUCCGAAAGCUACUCUUCUCCCUCGGAGGCUCCUUCCUCUAUUAUGCAGACCACUUCAAACUGUACAGCGGAUUCUGUGCUAACCAUAUUAAAGUACAGAAGGUUCUAGAACGAGCUAAAACCGACAAGGCCUUCAAGGCUUUUCUGGACGCCCGGAAUCCCACCAAGCAGCACUCGUCCACCCUGGAGUCCUACCUCAUCAAGCCCGUGCAGAGAGUGCUUAAGUACCCGCUGCUGCUCAAAGAGCUGGUGUCUCUGACGGACCACGAGAGCGAGGAGCACUACCACCUGACAGAAGCCCUGAAGGCCAUGGAGAAAGUGGCCAGCCACAUCAACGAGAUGCAGAAGAUCUACGAGGACUACGGCGCCGUGUUCGACCAGCUUGUGGCAGAGCAGAGCGGCCCAGAGAAGGAGGUGACGGAGCUGUCCAUGGGAGAGCUGCUUCUGCACUCGACUGUGUCCUGGCUGAACCCGUUCCUGUCGCUGGGCAAAGUCAGGAAGGAGCUGGAGCUCACGGUAUUCGUUUUUAAGAGAGCUGUCAUACUGGUUUACAAAGAAAACUGCAAACUGAAAAAGAAGUUGCCCUCCAAUCCCCGACCUGCACACAACUCUGCCGAACUGGACCCCUUCAAGUUCCGCUGGUUGAUCCCCAUUUCUGCGCUUCAGGUCCGACUGGGGAACCCCGCAGGGACAGAAAAUAACUCCAUCUGGGAGCUGAUCCACACCAAGUCCGAAAUUGAGGGACGGCCAGAAACUGUCUUCCAGUUGUGUUGCAGCGACAGUGAGAGCAAAACCAGCAUGGUGAAGGUGAUCCGCUCCAUCCUGCGGGAGAACUUCCGGCGCCACAUUAAGUGCGAGCUGCCGCUGGAGAAGGCAAGCAAGGACCGCCGGGUGCCGCUCAAGAACCGAGUGCCUGUCUCCGCCAAAUUAGCUUCCUCCAGGUCUCUACGUGGCCUCAAGAAUUCCUGCAGCAGCGAGUGGCCCGGCGAGCCGGGCAAGGGCCACUCGCUGGACUCGGACGAGGGCAGCCUGAGCAGCGGCACCACGCAGAGCAGCGGCUGCCCGGCAGCUGACGGCAGGCGGGACUCCAAGGGUGGCUCGCCCGGGAAGGGGCCGGCCGGCUUCCCGGACAGCCUCAUCAAGGAGAGCGACAUCCUGAGUGACGACGAGGACGAUGGCUGCCGGCCGCCCCUGGGAGGGGGCAGCCCCACCAGAGACAUCGAGAUUCAGUUCCAGAGGCUGAGCAUCUCCGACGAGCCCGAGGCCCAGACCGGGGAAGGGGAGCAGCAGUCCAAACUGGUUCGGGGUCACUUCUGCCCCAUCAAGCGCAAAGCCAACAGCACCAAGAGGCACAGAAGCAGCCUAGUCAAGGCGCAGACGCGCCACCAGUCCCUGGACUGCCAGUCGGAUAACACCAGCCUGGACCUGAACGCUGUCCUGGAGCGGGAGUUCAGUGUGCAGAGCCUGACGUCGGUGGUCAGCGAGGAGUGCUUCUACCAGCCCGAGGGCCACGGCAAGUCCUAG